AUGACCCGCGGAAAAUAUCAAUUAGAAAAAAUUGUAUGCAAUCCAUUAGGAAUUUGUUUAUUGACUUUUUGUUUUGUUUUACUUUUUAAUAAUCAAUUAAAGCAAAAAGCUAAACUCUCAUCGAAAACUGUCGAUAGAGCAACAAGUCCAAUCCGUUCAGUGCAAAUUGAGGAGUUUUUUAAAGCAACUGAAGAUGGUUCUAUCGAACGACUGCAACGAUUGUUCGAUGAGCAAAAAGGUGCCGACCCUAAUAUGACACACUUUAUGGAAUCUCUUCUUAUGGCAGCCAUUAGAAGAGAACGAGUUGAAGUUGCUGAAUAUCUUAUCGAUCAAUUAGCAGUUAAUGUUAAAUAUGCAGCUAAUCUUCAUGAAUUUCGUGUUCGUAAGGCAAAUCCUAUUCGACAACGAGCGUUUUCAUGUCGAGAUUUAGCAUAUGAAAAAGGUAUGAUGGAACUUGUGGAUCUAAUUGAUAUAACCGACGAUGAAGUCAAACCAAAUAUUAAACGACAUUUACGUAAACGGCUUCAAGCACGUCUCGAUAGUAUUCGAGAAACUUAUUUAAAACGCCUCGCAGAACAGAAAAAUGUACAAUUGAUGCUUCCGCCAACUGAAGAAAAAGACACUAGUGGAUUAUCGAUUACCGACAGAAGUGAUGAUAAAAUGACACAACAAUCAACGUCAAUAUUACCUAUGAUUGAACGUCCGCAAAGAUCACGUAUUGUUGACACAGUUCAAAGUAUUGAUGGAACCAUGGACAGAUCAAUUGAUGAAACAGGAAAAAAAUCAUUUCACUUUUCUAACUACAGUCUUCGUUUUCGUCUUGUCGAAACGCAAGAUAAAGAUAAAAAAUUCAAAGAGCAAUCUAAGAUAGGCACCUCAGUACCGUCUCUUCCUAUAAUUAAAUUAUCGUCAUGUAAUUCGCCACUACUAACAACAACAACAACAACAACAAAUAGUACGCGUCGUUCGAUAAGUGAAGCUAGUGCACGUCUUUCAAUGCGUGACAGAUCGACAUCAGGAUGUAAUUCCGUUCGACAAGCAACUAUACCUGAAACAGUGUCUAUUGACAAUAAAUCCUCAACAACAACUACUGCGAGUAAACAUUUUCGAUCCAAACAUGCCAAUGCAAAAUAUAUAAAGCCUACUUAUAUUCCCCAACAACAAGAUACUUUUUAUAAUAAAACAGAACGUUUUCUACCUGUAACUUUGAAAGCAACUGCUGUUGGUUUACCGUCCGAUGCUCGAAUUAUUAGAGAUUGA